GUUGUUUUCUUUUAACUUUGGUGGACAAGGGGCAGACAAGAUACUAUUUUAGUCCUCACUUUUUCAAUAAAACCCUCUGCAUUUUCUUGGGCUCUAACGGAAGCUGUAAGUCAGUGAAUUUUUGGUGUGGCAAGCAUGAGGAAUGGUACUGUUUUCAUGUGACAUAUUUGUUUGAUAAUUCAGAAGAAACUUUGGUGGAUCCUAUAAAACAACCUUAUUUUUAGCCCAUAUUACUAGUUUUUGAACUUCUCUGAUAUUCAAAUGGUAAGAGAAGAAGCUGUUUUAUGCUUUGUGGCUUUCUUUGGCUUCUGGGCUUCUGCAAGGGCUUUGCUUACCCCAAAUGGUGUCAACUUUGAAGUGCAAGCUUUGAUGGAUAUAAAGUAUUCUUUGAAUGACCCUCAUGGAGUUCUGAAUUGGGAUGUAAAUGCUGUUGAUCCAUGUAGCUGGAGCAUGGUGGGUUGUUCUCGAGAUAAUCUAGUCAUUUCACUUGCAAUUCCAAGCCAAGGUUUGUCUGGCAAAUUAUCUCGUAGUAUUGGCAAUUUGACGCACCUUCAGAGCGUGCUUUUGCAGGAUAAUAGGAUAUCUGGGCCAAUCCCUCAUGAGUUGGGUAGGCUCCAAAAGCUUCAGACACUUGAUCUUUCUGAUAACUCGCUUCAUGGAGAAAUUUCCUCUUCUUUAGCUCAAUUGAAGAGCCUCCAAUACCUGAGGUUGAAUAACAACAGUCUCACUGGAGCUAUUCCUCUGUCUCUGGGAAACUUGACUCAGCUGACAUUUCUAGACUUGUCAUUCAAUAAUUUGAGUGGGCCAGUACCAAGGCUUCUUGCAAAAACAUUCAAUGUUUUAGGAAAUCCUUUGAUAUGUGCAACUGGGAAAGAACCAGCCUGCAAUGGAACUGCACCAAUUCCUCUAUCAUUCGCUUUGAAUAAUUCACAAAAUCCGCAGCCAUCAGGAAGGCCAAAUAGUCACAAAGUUGCAUUGGCCUUUGGAUCAAGCCUUGGCUGCAUCUGCCUACUGAUUAUUGGGUUUGGUUUCCUUCUCUGGUGGAGACAUAAACACAACCAGCAGAUAUUCUUCGACAUUAAUGAACAACAUCAUGAAGAAAUAUGCCUAGGAAACUUGAGAAAAUUCCAAUUUAGAGAACUUCAGAUUGCCACAAACAACUUCAGCAGUAAGAACAUACUUGGAAAGGGUGGUUUUGGAAAUGUCUACAAAGGUUGUUUCCAAGAUGGAACUGUAGUAGCAGUAAAACGGCUCAAAGAUGGCAAUAACAAUGGGGGCGAGAUCCAAUUUCAAACAGAAAUCGAGAUGAUCAGCCUAGCAGUGCACCGAAACCUCCUCAAAUUGUAUGGUUUUUGCUUGACACCUACCGAAAAACUCUUGAUUUAUCCCUACAUGUCCAAUGGAAGUGUUGCCUCCCGUCUCAAAGCCACACCACCAUUGGACUGGGGUACGAGGAAACGUGUCGCCUUAGGUGCAGCUAGGGGUUUACUGUACCUUCAUGAACAAUGUGACCCCAAGAUCAUUCACAGGGAUGUAAAGGCUGCAAACAUAUUACUUGAUGAUUACUAUGAGGCCGUGGUUGGAGAUUUUGGAUUGGCAAAGCUUCUCGACCACAGGGAUUCACACGUCACGACUGCUGUUAGGGGCACCGUAGGGCACAUUGCUCCGGAGUAUCUAUCCACAGGCCAGUCCUCAGAGAAAACAGAUGUUUUUGGGUUUGGAAUUCUUCUGCUAGAAUUGAUCACAGGUCAGAGGGCUCUAGAGUUUGGCAAGCAAGCAAACCAGAAAGGGGCUAUGCUGGAGUGGGUGAAGAAAAUUCACCAAGAAAAGAAGCUUGAUGUGCUGGUUGACAAGGAUCUUAAGAACAAUUAUGAUCGAAUAGAACUUGAGGAAAUGGUGCAAGUUGCCCUAUUGUGUACUCAGUAUAUUCCAAGCCAUCGGCCAAAGAUGUCUGAAGUAGUUCGAAUGCUUGAGGGAGACGGGCUUGCAGAAAAGUGGGAAGCUUCUCAAAGAGCAGAGUCUACAAGGUGCAGAGCCAAUGAAUUCUCCUCUUCAGAGAGAUAUUCUGACCUUACGGAUGACUCUUCUCUGCUUGUUCAAGCAAUGGAACUCUCCGGCCCCAGAUGAUUUAGUUUGUAAUGGGUGAAAAGAAAAAAAUUACGUGAUUUGAAAAGUUGGUUAUUGAACUCUCAUAGCCUUAUAUGUUAAUAUUUUUAUAGUUUCAAAGUUUAGUUAUUGAGCUGUAAGUGUAAAGCUCUUUCUUUGUAUCUUGAGAUAAAAGUAUUGUACCUGCGCCCAAAACAUGUCUUACUUGCUCCGAGAGUACUUUGAAAAUCAGUCUAAUCCGUUCACUCGAGAA